AUGGAAAUGGAGCAAAAUUCUUCUGACAAUUGAAUCUACUGACUCUGGAUCCACGGUAACCAAUAUUUAGGUUAACAGAGAGGUUCAUUCUUUCACAUCUUUUUUUAUGUACUUUUGAUGCAUGUCGUAUCAUUAGCGAACCUAGUGCUUUGGAGACCACGGCAGUGGGUGGCGAGCGAGGACAAGCAGCCGAGCAACAGCAGCAAGCUGGACCCCAAAUACAAGAUGUUGUGCGAAGAUUUCAAAUUGCAGUUCAGCUUGAUUUAAUGCUCAUGUUAAAGCUGGCAGUAGUUAUUUAUUUGUUCAACAAAGAUGGAUCAAGGAAACGGCUUGCUCUCCACAUACUUUUAGCUUCCCUCAUUUAUCUAUAUCAAACGGGAUCUCUUGCACCAUUAAUACGAUUGCUUACUCAAGGAAUGCAGAGGGCAGCUGCUCCUCAACAAUUCAGACCACCUUUCAGGGCUGAGGAUGUUCAUGCUGCUGUGAGACUAGAAAACGAAAAUGCUGCUGCAGAAGACGGGCAACCUGGAGUCGAAAAUGAAAAUCAUCAAGUCAACAAUGGAGAUAGGCCAGUCGGUAACGAGCAUGUAGUGGAACCUGGAGGCGAGGCUGACAACCUCUGGUUCAGAAUUGUAAAAGAGAUCCAGAUUUUCUUCUUCGGGUUCAUUGCUUCACUUGUCCCUGGCUUUCACAACAUUGAUUAGACUGUGAAUAGUUAUUAGGUUCUAACCAUGGAGUGAACAAUGUCUACUGGAGAAAUGUAUGAUUCAGGAAGAGUCGCAUAAAGUUCUGGUUGAUACAAUACAGUCUUGUCUUUGCUGUUGGUAGAAUAGAAAGGUAAUUCAUUUAGGAUUUGUGAUUCGAUUCUUCAUAUAGUUUAGUUUUGAGGCUUUUGAUUUGCUGAGAGCUGCUCAUUGUUAGUUAUUGAAUUUGGACAGUAGAGUGUUACAUCUCUCCAUAACUGUGAAUUAAUAAUAUGAUUAAAAGCUGUUUCAGUGUGUU